CUAAACCAGAAAUAGCCUCAAUAUUGUGAUGAAAUGUCAUGCAUAGUCGUUCGUGAAAGAAGUUAUUUGGUGUAAUCUCAAGUGAAUCUCACUAACUUCUAGCUAGAUUCAAGGGGGACCAUCGCGUAGUGAUUAAAGUGUAAUUAGCAUUGUCGUGUCACUCGGUGACGCUUAAAAUUAAUUAUUCAUCAUUAAGUUAAUUAAAUUAAUCAUUUAUUUGCCAGCGUGGCUCUGGAAUAAAAGCAAACUUUCGUACGAUAGUGAGCCUCAGUGUGGGGUAUGUUGUGUGUAGAGAGUCUCAAGAUGGGAUUUCUUCGUGGGAAUUGUGUGCUGAGACUCAAUUCAAUUCUAUUGCUUCUAUGUGGAGUGAGUAGCAUCACUUGUGGUGAUGGUGCGUCUAAUCUGAAUGGAUGGGUCCUGUACCAAAUCUACCCGCGCUCCUUCAUGGACACAAAUGGUGAUGGUGUUGGUGACCUCCGUGGUAUCACAGCAAAAUUGCCGUAUCUCAGUGAAAGUGGAAUUAAUGCUACAUGGCUCAGUCCCAUCUUUCAGUCACCAAUGGUUGAUUUUGGCUACGACAUCUCCGAUUUCACCGCCAUCCAUCCCGACUACGGCACCAUGGAGGACUUUGAGGAGUUGCUGAGAGAAGCAAAACGCCUCCAUAUAAAAGUCAUUUUAGAUUUUGUACCAAAUCACACGAGCGACAACCACGAGUGGUUUAUAAAUUCGGUGAAUCGAGUUGCGGGCUUUGAGGAUUACUACGUAUGGCAUGAUGGGUAUGUGGAUGCCAAUGGUGAACCACAGCCACCAAAUAAUUGGGCAUCUGUGUUCUAUGGGUCAGCGUGGACUUGGAAUGAGUUUCGUCGCCAAUUCUAUCUGCAUCAAUUUACAAGGGAACAGCCCGAUUUGAAUUUCCGCAAUCCACAAGUUGUGGAGGAAAUGGACCGCAUUCUCCUGUUUUGGUUGGAGAAAGGCGUCGAUGGUUUCCGCAUUGAUGCUGUAAAUCAUCUUUUUGAGGUGGACGAUUACAGAGAUGAACCACAGACAGGCACAGAAUCCGAUCCUAAAUCCUACGCUUUCACACAUCACUACUACACGAAGGAUUUGCUUGAGAGCUAUGAGAUGGUGUACCAUUGGCGCGAGCUCAUGGAUGAGUUCAAAGCGAAGAACGGCGGGGAUGACAAAAUAAUGUUAACUGAAGCUUAUGCCAAUAUAUCAUUCACAAUGAAGUGGUACGGCUCGAGCGAUGGAACUAAACUCGGAGCUCACAUUCCAUUCAAUUUUUUACUGAUCACCGACCUGAACGCUAACUCGACCGCCAGGGAUUUUCUCUAUGCCAUAUCAAAGUGGAUGAUUUACAAACCCCUCGAUGCAGCACCAAAUUGGGUGCUGGGGAAUCAUGAUCAGUCGAGAGUUGCCAGCAGAUUUGGGCGUGAGCGUGUGGAUGCCCUUAAUGUGUUGCUCCUCACCCUCCCGGGCAUUAGUAUCACAUACAAUGGCGAAGAAAUUGGCAUGGAGGACAAUGUGGAGAUUUCUUGGGAGGAGUCCCGUGAUCCAGCUGCCUGCAAUACCAACUCAACCCUCUACAUGAAGUUUACACGUGACCCGGAAAGGACACCCUUUCAGUGGAGCGAUGAUGCGAAUGCGGGAUUUUCUUCAGCACCCAGUACAUGGCUACCCGUCCAUCGGGACUAUCGUUCCGUCAAUUUGGCAAAGCAAAAGGCAAGCGAGAGAAGCCACUACAAAUUGUACAAAAAGCUUACGGAGCUACGACGCCACCCCACGAUGAUUAACGGCGACUUCACUCCUAUGGCAAUGAACGACAAUGUUCUUGCAUACACGCGAGAGCUGAAUGACCAUCAGUUAUUUGUUGUCGUCAUAAAUUUAUCGAAUCAGGAAGAGACGGUAAAUCUUGCGAGGAUUUUCCACCGGCUGCCACCCAAAUUGCGCAUCGUGGCUGCCGCCUCGCACUCCCACUAUCGAUCUGGAGACAUAUUUUCAUCGCAUUAUGUAAAUCUUGAACCCUGGGUGGGUAUUGUUGCAGUGAAAAUCUCCACGGUGGUGGAGAAUCCUCAUCAUGCGGGGACUUGGGGUAUUCCGCAGUGCCUCGAGGAAUUCCUCGGCACUGCUGCUGCCCUGAUUACAAUCACAAUUCUAUAUCAUUAUUUCAAUUUGCACUAUUUACCAAAAUGCUCCUCCUGAUGCCAUUUACUCCAAUGGAGAUCUCUUGUACAUAAGCGGAGGUACUUUGGACGUGGAUGAGAUAGGAAAUUUAUAUUGAUCCGUCACUUUUAUGGCCACUUGUAAUUUUUACUGCCAUUUCACAGCAUAAUCCUUAUCUCUCAAUGACACCUCCACUCAGUUCAUGGGACGUGCACAACGAUGCUCUGUGCCAAGUUCAUCUCAGUUGACAAUUUGGUGGCAAAACGGAUGGACAAGUGAAUAAAAUUUUGCAAUUAAAAUGCUAAAA